AUGCGGAAUAUAUCGGUAUUCAUAUUUCUGCUUAUCCUAGUCCAACAAAAUUUUUCCAUAAGCCCGGAUGAAAAUGAGAAAUUAGAUUUAUUAUAUAAUAAGGAUUAUUAUAGUUCCUCAGUUCUGGGACUAGUAAGACUCUUAAAACUGGAGCAAGAGUUUAUGGAGAAUUUUACGAUCUAUACCAAUGUCUUGCAGGAGAAAGUCGACAAUAUAAAUAUUUAUCUAGAUACCUUAACGAGGUCACCGCACAAGACUCAUAAAAAGAGGGAGAAGUUUGUUUCCAAUCCGCUAAAUGCUUUUGGAUUGAUCAGAAGACUACAUCAGGAUUGGCCCAAAUGGCAAAACUACACUAAGAAACCACUGGGCCUUCUACAACUGAAUGCGAUGGAGGAGAUCCUGAGUAAAGUUCCUGAGUCCUUUGACAUGAACGAAACACUAAAAGCAAUGCAUCGCAUCGAGACAACCUAUGAUCUUCAAGCGAAAGAUAUAGCAAGUGGCUUACUUCAAAGCACACAAUUCAACUAUAAACUCAACAUGAGGGAUUGUCUGGCAUUGGCUCACCAUAAAUUUGAAGUUGGAUACUUUCACCGAUCACUUUUAUGGUUCCAAGAAGCUUUAAGUCUAACCACAGAACUGAGUCAGGACAUUAUCAGUAAUUUAAAGAGCCUUGAACUAGAAGCCUUUGCCACAUCGAUAAUCACUCGCAGCAUUUAUUUGUCGGGUCAAUCAUUGAGUAAUAAAACCAUCCAUAAAUUAGUAAGCAGCCAAUUGAAAGAUGCCAAACAAAAAGACUUGGAGGAGAUUAUCAGCUCAAAACUUAGCCAAUUGAAUAAGGAAAGUAAAAAUGCUUCAGAUAUAUUAAAGACAAAUCCAAAUGCCCAUAAUAUUGGAUGUCAAGGACUCUUCCCCAAGCCGACCAAUCUCUCCUGUCGUUACAAUUCCACUACAAACAUGUUUUUAAAAUUAGCCCCUCUAAAAAUGGAGGAAAUGAGCCGUGACCCUUACAUUGUAAUGGUGCAUGAUGUAAUAUCGGACAGGGAUAUCGAGGAAAUGAAAGGAACUAUAGAAGAAAUGGGCACUGGAUGGUCUGGAUCAGAUAGUUCCAUGGAAAUUGUGGCUCGCAUCUAUUGGGAAAGGAAAAAAUCCCCGUUCAGAGAUCGAAUCAAUCAACUCAUUUCUGACAUAACAGGCUUCAAACUGGAGGAGUUUCCCGCUUUACAACUGGCUAAUUUUGGUGUGGGCGGAUACUUCAAGCCACAUUUCGACUAUUUUUCAGAGCGCCUAACAAAAGAUGAUGCCGACAACACUUUGGGAGAUCGAAUCGCCAGCUUUAUCUUUUAUGCUGGAGAAGUUUCACAAGGUGGCCAAACCGUUUUCCCAGAUAUUAAGGUGGCGGUGGAGCCCAAAAAAGGCAACGCUCUAUUUUGGUUCAAUGAUUUCGAUGAUGAAACACCAGAUCCGCGAUCCUUGCAUUCUGUAUGUCCUGUUAUAGUCGGUUCCAGAUGGACAAUUACCAAAUGGAUACACUACAAGCCACAAAUAUUUGUGAAGCCCUGCAGUACAAGGUUUCGGAAAAAAAGCUUUUGAUCAGUGACGUGUACUUGGGCUUU